AUGAAGCUCUUCGCUCGUCUCAAUGUGGUGGUGCUGCUCGCAAUCUCGGCUCUGCUAUUUGUGGCAUGGAACUUGCGCUCAUACCAUCCAAUCACGCGAGCAAAGAAGGUAUGGAGUCGCCAGACGACCGAACUUGUCGUGUUUGGAGACUCGUGGAGCACCAAUCGCCUCGAACUGCCUACCGGACGAACACCAUCGCUAGCUAACAAGAAGCUGUGGGUGGAUACCCUUUGCUCAGAGAACAUUGGAGACUUUGGACAUCAAGUUGAUGAGUAUCUCGCCCAGGACGAUGCUCGAUGGCAAGACGACGGAGAACAAAGGGGCCUGGAGAGCACCACCAUUUUCACAGUAUUCUUCGGCAUCUGGGAGUUAUGGGACUUCGUAGGCCUCCCAGAAGAGGCUGUAUUACCCGCUGUGGUGGAUUGCAUCGCUUCCAUGUUUGCCCAGCUAGACCGCCUCGUCCAAGCCAAGUCGGUGUCGUCGCAUCGUCCAACCAUCAUCAUACCCACGGUACCGGAUCCCAGUUUCUUCCCUCGCUGGAUCAACCAGCGUUCCUCUGCAAAUGGCACAGACAAAUACGGUCAGCUCCAACGGCACGCUGUCAUCCUGACCGAUCUCUGGAACAACCUUCUGCACAAAAAGGUCGCUAUGUGGGACAAAGCUCACGUUGUCAUGCCCGACUUCUAUGCGUGGAUGCUUGAGCAAAUGCGUGAACCCGAGAUCGACGAGACUGGCCUGGCAGUAGUGUCGAAGAUCAGGGCAGCUGCCAAAUUUACGGAAGUGACCCAGCCCUGUGUCAGUUACACCGCUCCCUCCAGUGGAGAUGGAAUCGAAACCCGGCCAUUUACGAUAUGCGAUGAUCCGUCGCACUUCUUGUUCUGCACCGCUGUCAAUUAG